GAUACCAUUUAGCAUACGUUGUUACGAACGUGUAUGCCUUGAUAAAAAUGGGUCCCGCCGAUCAACGUCACCUGCUCCGAUUAGCUUUAUCUUGCCGGAAAAUCUCUGCUCAGGUAACCAACUCCGGCACCGAUUCCAUCGUCGCCAUGGCCUCAUCCACCGAACAAGAAUUCAUGACUCAUUAUCGAUCCAAACUCACUACGUUUCCCAGGUCACACAAAUUUUGGGACGCCAAGAUCGCUUCGAGAAUCGGUGAAAAACUAGGGUUUCGGCUCAACGACAUAGGCAUCUCCCACCUCGAAAUUGACCUCGCUGAAGAGCUGUCACGCCCGAUUCAUUACCGGAAAAUGGUCGUCCCGUUCUUUCACUCCGUCAAACGUGCUGGAAUUAGCGUCUCUGGUUCAGAACAACUGGAAUCCCAGCCGUAACAAAACCUCAAAAUUUAUGGAAGGGAAGGUAACUCAAAGUUCAAACGUAUAGAAAUUUUGUACUUCAGUUGAACCAAUUGUUAUUGUUUGAUAAUAAGUCUGUAUAACAGUAAGUUACUUUGUUGUAAUUUGUUAUCGUUGAUGUUCAUCAACAACAUCUGAUAUGAAAUCAAUUUCAUUCCAAAAAUUGUAAUUGCAUAAGCUAAGAUUACCAAUACCAGCAGUGUUCAAUGAGAAUAUUAUUCAUUCGACUCUCA